AUGAGGUUCUUCCGCGUUAAGCGUGCGCAGGAGGCAGCAGCCAACAACUCUCAUCUCAUUCCAUAUAUACCACUUCAAUACAUGCCAAAUUCACAACCAAAGUCAGCAAAAGUGCACACAGUAAAUAAUAUCACAUCAAAAUUUCCAAAGGAUAAAACCUGGUGUGUUGCAAAGCCAUCAUCAACUGAAGCUGAACUGUUUGCAAAUCUUGAAUUUGCUUGUGGUCAUGUUGAUUGCAAGACCAUACAACAAAAUGGACCUUGCUUCAACCCCAAUACUUCCAUCAAUCAUGCGUCAGUUGCUAUGAAUCUUUACUACAGUUUCCAUGGCAGAAACAUUUGGAAUUGUGACUUCCAGAAGUCUGGUCUCAUUACUAAAACUGAUCCAAGUUAUGGUACCUGCAAAUAUGCUUAG